AUGGAAUCAUCGAACCGCCUUGCCAGCCCCCAGCUAUACACCGUCGGGUGGAUCACUGCUCUCGACAAAGAACUGGCGGCAGCAACAGCUGUUCUGGACGAGGAACACAAAAAGCCAAAAGGUUUCAAGAAGCAUCCGAGAGAUGAUAACAACUACGCAUGGGGCCGAAUUGGAGAACACCACGUUGUCAUCGCCUCUAUGGAUGCUGGACGUUAUGGUAUCGUGUCCGCAGCGACAACUGCCAUGCAGAUGGUCAGCUCCCUCCCCCACCUAAGAUUCGGUCUCAUGGUUGGUAUCGGAGCCGGUGUCCCUAGACUGGAAGAGGGGAUCAACAUUCGCCUUGGAGACAUCGUCGUCAGUCAGCCUACCGGAACAAGCCCUGGGGUGGUGCAAUACGACCUCGGGAAGCUAAAAACUAACGGCAAAUUCGAGCGUGUUGGCUCUCCCGCUGCCCCACCAGAGGUUCUCCUCAAAGGGUUAACAACUCUGAAAGCGUAUCAUAGGAGGAAAGGCUCUCAGAUACCCAAGAUAUUGGAGAAGAUGUUCAAGGAGAACGACGAAAUGGGGAAGGAUGGCCCUGAUGGCUUCAGGCAUCCGGGGGCCCAAUACGAUCAGCUGUUUGAGACUUUCUGUCAUCCUCAGAAUACCACUACUGUCGCAAACGUAUCUGGCAGCCGGGGCACAACUUCUGCAUGCCUUUCUCCCCCAUAUGAACGAGAACGCCCAGAUCCACCUUCGGAAAUGCCUCAAAUACACUACGGAAUCAUCGCAUCCGGAAAUUCCGUGGUGAAAGAUGGAAUUGCCCGAGACGAGAUCUUGAAGCGCAUAGAAGACAAGUGUAUCUGUUUUGAAAUGGAAGCGGCUGGUUUGAUGAACAACUUCCCAUGUCUCGUAAUUAGGGGAAUUUGCGACUACGCAGAUGAACACAAGAAUGACCGAUGGCAAAACUAUGCCGCUGCAACAGCGGCUGCAUUCGCUAAAGAGUUGCUCGAUGUCAUGGACAGCGAAGAUGUCGAGAGUACCUCACCAAUGGAGAAUGCCAUCAAAAACGGUUAG